GCAAGUGUACUGGUCAGUUGUACCACCGUGGUUGAUGUCCAUACCAGAAAUAGAUCUUAGUAUAAUGGAUAACAUCAAACAUCAUGAAGGCACAGAGUAUCCCAAUAUGGUAAAGCGAAGACUGGAAAAUCAGUGGGGAACUUACCUUCAGAUAUAUACAGAUGGAUCCCAAGAUCCACAAACUGGGAAGUCAGGCUUUGCUUUUUAUAUCCCACAAUAUGAAUAUGUAAAGCUUAAACGACUGUCUGAGGGGGUAUCGGUGUAUACAACAGAACUUCUAGCUAUUAUAUGGGCACUAAAGUGGAUAGAGGAAGUGCAACCAAGGAGAGCAGUAAUAUGCUCAGAUUCGGCUUCAGUGUUAAAAACUCUGGGAGGAAGUAAUAUGGGAGCUCGGCCAGAUCUGUUUAUGGAGCUGAUGGUUCUGUUGUAUAAAAUCGAAAAGGCUGGAGGGUCAGUGGGAUUUCUCUGGGUCCCUGCACAUGUUGGGGUAGAAGGGAAUGAGGUGGCAGACAAGGUAGCAAAAAUGACUCUGAAAAGAGAUAUUGAUUUAGCAGUUUGUAUUGGGGUCACUGAAUGUAGAUCUGUCAUUAAGGAAAACACUAUAGUAGUAUGGCAGAGGCAGUGGGAAAAGGAAACAAAGGGCCGGCAUUAUUAUGCAAUACAAAACAAAGUAAAGACAGAGCAGAGUUGCUUGGGUAAAUCCAGAAGACAAGCUGUAAUUAUGACAAGACUAAGGCUGGGACACUGUGGAUUUGCAUGGGAUCUAGCGAAGAUAGGCAAACAUGAGGAUGGGCUCUGUAGAACCUGCAAUCAACAACAGACUGUUAAUCAUGUGUUUAUGGAAUGUCAACAGUAUAAAAGGCAAAGAGAACAACUGUAUUCUGAGGUAGCAGGAGAUGGAUUACAAGCAGUGACAUUGAGAGAUAUUUUGAAUCCUCAUGAGAACCAAUCAAGGAUAGUGGAAGCAGUCAUGGAUUUUAUAUCUGCAACAGGAUUAGCCCUCUGAGAAUGAAGGUGCUAUAAAGCGAUACCGAGACUGAACUGUGGGUGGCAGCAAUAUGCCGUAAGGCAUCUAGUCUGCCGGAAAGCCAGUAGAAGAAGAAGAAGAAGAAGAGUUAAAGUUGUGGCAACGCGCGGAAUAGCUGAAGUUCUGAGUUAAUUUAGUAUUUGUGGAAGAUUUGUGAGUUUAUUCAGGUAAACAUGGCGUCUAAACGUAAAUGUGACGCCACGGUUCCUGCGGAGGAAAGUGACCAACUGCUCAUCCGCCCGCUAGGAGCAGGACAGGAGGUGGGACGGUCCUGCAUCAUCCUGGAGUUCAAGGGACCAAAGAUUCUGCUGGACUGCGGGAUCCAUCCUGGUCUGGACGGGAUGGACGCUCUGCCGUACAUCGACCUGAUCGACCCGGCUGAAAUUGACCUGCUGCUCAUCAGCCACUUCCACCUGGAUCACUGUGGAGCUCUGCCCUGGUUCCUGCAGAAGACCAGCUUUAAA